ACGUACAAUCACAAGGGGACUAGGAUCCACUCGCACACUCGCAGUACUUGCAGUUCCCAAGUGGUACGGCAGCGAUCAGCAGAAAUGACCGACGUUGCGUUGUCGCGACGUCGAUUCAGAGUGAAUCACAAUUGAAUAUUUCCCUACAAUUCGCCUGCUGUAUCGUUAAUCUUUUGUCUAUAUCUAUAUUUGCGUUUAUAUAACAGAUAUCGUUGCCACUACUAUUCAUAAGCACGUCACCUAUUGGUGCUUUCAUGUUCGUGCGUUCAGCAGGUGUUAAAAGCGGCAGGUAGAAAUGUACAUCCUUUGUGCUUUGAUUUUGCUGUUUUGUUGCAGAAACAUUGACGGUGGAUCUAAUUGCGGCCAGGUUCAUCUAACGGUAUCGUCGCAAGAUCACUCUAAUUUGGAACUGAAUUGGGUGACCGACUGUGACCACAACGAUGUGAUGCCCGAAUACAUUUUGCUUUCAAGCAAGAACGUCGCAGAGAGAGAUGAAGACCCAGGAGUGCUUGCCAAAGUGAAAUUCUCAGACUACCCAAGUGGGUACUACCGUACUAAAAUCAAGUUCGGAUACCCAUGGUUACCAGGAGGAUGGGAGUACGAUCCAGCUUCUACUAGAGCUGAGCCUGGACUACACUGCUACCCAUAUUGGAUCGCAGCUGUUGCUGAGAACGUUACUCUUGACACCAACUGCCUUGGAAUACGGCCAACGUGGAUGAGUGACAAUAGGUACAAGACAAAGUGAUAAGAUUGGGAAGCUCAACAUAGGUUCCAUGUUUAUACCAGGGACACACGAUUCUGGUUCGUACGCUGGUGUUUCGCCACUAGUUGAAAAUUAUGUUUUGAAUCAGGACAGAAAUGUAUGGACACAACUGGUUUCCGGUAUACGCUAUCUAGAUUUUCGGAUCGGGUAUUAUAACCGUGAAGGGUUCUUCAUCAAUCAUGACUUGAUACGAGUAACUAGAAUAGGACCUAUUCUCCAAGAAAUAAGAAAGUUUCUGGAGCUAGCACCAAAAGAAAUCGUUGUGGUAGACUUCCAUAGGUUUCCAUAUCCAACAAACUUUUCGCAUGAAAUUCAUCGUCAGUUUGUAGACAUUCUGUAUAAAGAAUUGGGACAGUUUGCUCUACCCUCUUGGCAGUUACAAUCAGGAGAAGGGCCUACGCUAAACGACAUUUGGGCCAGGAAUAGGAAUCUGAUUAUUUGCUAUGCGGAGAGGGAAAUAGUAAGAGAUAAUCAAUGGUUAUGGUCUCCACUCCAACAAUUCUGGGGCGACACCAACAAAGUUCCCGAACUGAAACGAUAUCUAGAACGUACUAUCAGAGAACAACGACCAGUCUCACCAAAUCCAAUGUGGGCACUCAUGGCCGAGUUGACACCUACGCCGUUGGACAUCAUAUUCAGGACGAACAGUCUGAAAAAGCUCGCGCAAGAAAUAAAUGGAGAAGUGACAAAGUGGUUCAGAGACGAAUGGGUAAACGAAACGAACAUUGUGGCUACUGAUUAUUUCUUGGGCAAUGAUCUUAUCAAUGUUGCCAUUCAUGCGAAUGUAGCGCAAGGAAUACUUAAAGUGUAAAUAAAUGUUCAAGUGAAUAAA